AGGCAGCCGUCACCAGCAACAGCCAAGGGCCCGACGCAGCAGAUUCGCUGGCCUGUAACGACACGGCACCAUACGAAAGAGGACCAAGAUCUAUAGGAAGCCUCUUAGAGUAUAUCUGCGACCAUGGUUCUCGUUCUCUUCGAGACGGCCGUGGGCUUCUGCCUCUUCAAGAUGGCCGACAAGGGCAAGGUCGAGUCGCCUUCGCUCUGGAAGGAGUUCGACACUGCCGAAUCGGCCAACAACCUACUCAAGCUCUCGGCCAUCCACCGUUUCUCUUCGACGGCAGAAGCUGUCGAGGAUGCUACAUCGCUUUCCGAAGGAAAGAUGAGCAAGAACCUCAAGAACUUUUUGACACAGGAAAUCAGCGGAAAGGACAAGAAGAGCGCAAAGAAUGAGGAGCUCGUUGUCGUUGAUCCAAAGCUUGGUGGAUCAAUCUCCAAGAAGCUUGGCAUCCAAGUUCUGUCGGACUCCUCGGUGUUGGACCUUUACCGUGGUAUCCGAACCCAUCUGGCUUCGCUCCUCUCGUCGGGCGCAAGCCAGGAAGGGAGUCUGGACCCGCGAGACCUGAACACAAUGAGCUUGGGUCUUUCGCACAGCUUGUCGCGAUACAAGCUCAAGUUCAGCCCUGACAAGGUUGACACGAUGGUCGUGCAGGCCAUCGGCCUCCUCGACGAUCUCGACAAGGAGAUCAACAUCUACGCCAUGCGAGUCAAGGAGUGGUACGGAUGGCAUUUCCCUGAGAUGGGCAAGAUCAUCAGCGACAACCUCGCCUACGCCAAGGUCAUCCGUGCCAUGGGUUUCCGAACAAAUGCGCAAACGACAGACUUCAGCGAGAUCUUGCCUGAGGAAAUCGAAGAAACGCUCAAGGCGGCAGCAGAGAUUUCCAUGGGAACGGAGAUCAGCGACACGGAUAUCGAGCACAUCUGGAGCCUCUGCGACCAGGUCAUCUCGAUUACUGCCUACCGGGCUCAACUCUACAGCUACCUGCAAAACAGGAUGGCCGCUAUUGCGCCCAACCUCACUGCUCUUGUCGGCGAGCUUGUCGGCGCUAGGCUGAUCAGCCAUGCCGGCUCCAUCAUGAACCUGGCCAAACACCCAGCCUCGACUGUGCAGAUCCUCGGUGCCGAGAAGGCUCUCUUCCGCGCGCUCAAGACCAAGCACGAUACGCCCAAGUACGGUCUCAUCUUCCACUCCUCCCUCGUCGGCUCUGCGCCACCAAAGCUCCGAGGAAAGAUGGCUCGAAUGGUCGCUACCAAGGCUGCCCUAUCUUCGAGGCUUGACGCGCUGGCCGACGCCGAUAGCAAGUCAGACAUGGGCGCCGCAACCAUCGGUCUGGAUGCGCGUGCGAAGCUGGAGGCGAGGUUGCGGACCCUCGAGCACGGCUCGGACGUGGCCGGCCUGCGUGCGGCGCGAGGACGUGACUCUGGCUACAAGCAACAGCCCUUCCAGAUGCAGCCUGGCGGGCGGUCGUACAACACGGCUGCCGAUGCGCCGCAAUCGGCUCAGGUCGAGGUCACAUCCUCGACGAUGGACGUUGAUGGAAAGGAUGUGGAUGCCGCAACGACAAAGUCCGGCAAGGAGCUGACCAAGGACGAAAAGAAGGCGCUGAAGCGGGCCCAAAAGGAGGCAGAGAGCGGCAUGUCAAAGGAAGAGAGGAAGGCAGCAAAGAAGGCGCGGAAGAGCGCGUCGGGGACGGACGGAGACGUCACGGCGGGCGACGUCACGGUCGGGGAUGAGAGCACUGUGUCGACAAUGACGGACAAGGAGAGGAGAAAGGAAGAGAAGAAGGCGAAGAAAGACAAGAAGAGAGGGGCUGAAGACGAGGCCGGAGCAGGCGACGUCAGUGUGGCAACGACGGUCAACGGCGAUGGCGAGAAGCCGAAAAAGAAGAAGAAGAAGUCUUCGGACUGAUCGUCUCACUCCCCGACUCCUUUCUUGGUGUUCUCAGCCUCUCUUGUACGAUAUUGACUAAGCAAACGUCACCCCCUUUAUCUUCUGAGCUCUCUUUCCUUUGCCUUCUCAUCUUCUUUUCCUCAAUCAUCAUCACGUUUCGCACAACGCAGAUUUGCCACCUUGCCUAUUGGACCCGAGUGAAGCCUUGAAAGGCCGCGAGAGCCCUCCAAACGUGAAAGCAUGAAGAGAUGAACCUGUGAAGAGAGGACUGUCAUCGAGAUCGGUCCUGGGCAUUAAUGUUGCAUACGAUGUCUUCCCUCACUCAAACAG